GCUCUUCCGUUCACAUUGUUUACACGCUAUUGGCCUUUUUUUUUUCGUCAAAUGAAAGAAGGAAAAAGGGAAAGAAAACGUAAACAGUAAACUUUCAUCCUUCUUAGCAAGGACAUAGGUAGCUAGAGAUUUUCUUUGGAGUUCCUUCCCUUUGAUCUUAUCGGAUGCCGUUACCUAUGAUCUUAAGAUUUGACUCUGGAACUCGAAAUUCAAGUAUCCCCAGGAAUGCUGAGUGAUUCGUUCAUGAUUGCGGAGAAAACAGAUUUUGGAAGGAAAGCUGCGUCUGUUCAACUCUGUAGAGUGGAAAGAAUUUUGAAACUCUUCAGAGGAAGCUUCACUCUUCCUCUGUGCGAAGAGUCCAGACUCCAGACUCAAGGGUCUGCUUUUGUAUUUAUUUUCUUUUGUUCUACCCAAUUGUCUAUUGGUGGCGUUGAAAAAUUCCCAGUUUAAGUUUAUGAAUUGUGAAUACUGAAUGAGACGAUAUCCUUAGUUUUAUUUUCUGUCAAAUUUUUGGUUCUGGGUGUUGGAGAGAAUCCCAUUUUAAGACUCUGGAGAUCUGGGAUUUUUUUAAUCUGCUAUGCCCCAUGAAGAAUCUCUUCCUCUCCGAGUCCUGCAAAGAGACACAGCUCCAUCCUCUAAAUCCACAUUCAUGGCUUCAGGUUGAAAGAGGGAAGCUGUCCAAAUCUUCUUUCCAUUCGCCUUCUUCUAUAGAAUCUCUCAUCAAGGUACCUGAACCACCCAUUCUUCCGUUCUUUAAACCCAUCAACUAUGUUGAAGUUCUGGCUCAAAUUCAUGAAGAACUCGAGUCUUGUCCUCCCUUCGAGAGGUCGAGCCUCUACUUGCUACAGUUUCAAGUCUUUAAGGGCCUUGGAGAAGUCAACUUGCUACGCCGAAGCCUCCGUUCUGCAUGGCUGAAAGCGAACAGUGUUCAUGAAAAACUUGUUUUUGGGGCAUGGUUGAAAUAUGAGAAGAGGAGAGAGGAGCCUAUCUCUGACUUGCUUUCAUCAUGCGGAAAAUGCACACAGGAGUUUAAGUUAGUAGAUAUUGUUUCUCAGCUUCCUGCUGAUCAACAUUUGAAUUCCCCAGAAGUAGUCCAGGUUACUGGGACACAUUCUGAUACUGUCUUCUUUCAAAUUGGAGAAGAAAAAAUAGCCUGUGAUAAACAGAAGAUGGCAGCUCUUUCUGCUCCAUUCCAUGCUAUGCUGAAUGGGUAUUUCAUGGAGUCAAAUCAGGAGGUCAUUGAUUUUUCAAAUAAUGGAAUCACCCCUGUGAGUAUGAGGAUGAUCACUGAGUUCAGCAGAACAGGUUGUUUAGAGGGAAUUACUUCAUGUGUUCUUUUGGAAAUCUUAAUAUUCUCCAAUACAUUUUGUUGUGAAAGGCUUAAAGAUGUGUGUGAUAGGAAACUUGCUUCUUUGGUUUCCUCAAGACAAGAUGCGAUUGAUCUCAUGGAGUAUGCGCUUGAAGAGAGUUCCCCUCUCCUUGCCUCCUCAUGCUUGCAAGUAUUUCUGCGUGAGCUGCCUGACUGUUUAAAUGACGACCGAGUGGUUAAGAUAUUCAGCGACGCUGAUCAACGGAAAAGAUUGAUUAUGGUUGGGGCUGCCUCAUUCUCGCUCUACUGUUUAUUGAGUGAGGUUGCUAUGAACCAAGACCCACGGUCUGAUAUAACUGCAUCUUUCUUGGAGCGGUUGGUAGAGUCGGUGGUAACUAAUAGGCAGAGACAAUUAGCCUUUCAUCAGUUGGGAUGUGUGAGGCUUCUGAGGGGGGAGUAUGACAAAGCUGAGCAGUUCUUUGAGGCGGCUUUCAGUGAGGGCCAUAUUUAUUCUGUUGCAGGUUUGGCCAGGCUUAGCUCUAUCAAGGGCUAUAAACUUUUGUCAUAUGACAAGCUAAGCUCUGUGAUCUCCUCCUAUAGCCCCCUUGGAUGGAUGUACCAGGAGAGAUCACUAUACUGUGAAGGUGACAAGAGGUUGGAAGAGCUCAAUAAAGCAACCGAGUUGAACCCCACACUUAACUACCCAUACAUGUAUCGAGCUGCAUUUUUUAUGAGAAAACAAAAUGUUCAGGCUGCCCUGGCAGAGAUCAAUAGGAUUCUUGGGUUUAAACUAGCCUUGGAAUGCUUGGAGCUCCGGUUCUGUUUUUAUCUUGCACUCGAGAAUUAUCAGGCAGCCUUAUGUGAUGUUCAGGCAAUUCUUACACUGUCUCCAGAAUAUAGAAUGUUUGAGGGACGGGUAGCAGCUUCUCAACUGCAUACUCUUGUUCGUGAACAUGUUGAGAAUUGGACUACUGCAGAUUGUUGGUUGCAACUGUACGACCGGUGGUCUUCGGUUGAUGAUAUUGGGUCUCUCUCUGUCAUCUAUCAAAUGCUUGAGUCUGGUGCCACAAAGGAUGUUCUAUACUUCAGACAGUCUCUGCUUCUCCUUAGGUUGAACUGUUCUGAUGCGGCGAUGCGAAGCCUGCAACUGGCACGCCAGCAUGCUUCAAGUGAACAUGAACGCCUGGUUUAUGAGGGAUGGAUCUUAUAUGAUGCGGGUCAUUAUGAGGAAGGGCUUCGAAAAGCUGAAGAGUCAAUCAACCUUAAGAGAUCUUUUGAGGCCUUAUUUUUGAAAGCUUAUGCUUUGGCAGACUCUGGCCUUGAUCCUUCAUGCUCUUCAACUGUUAUUUCACUACUUCAAGAUGCAUUGAAGUGCCCUUCAGACAGGUUACGCAAGGGACAGGCACUAAACAAUCUUGGCAGUGUGUACGUCGACUGUGGGGAGCUGGACUUGGCUGCCGAUUGUUACAUUAAUGCCCUAAAAAUCUGCCAUACCCGAGCCCACCAGGGCCUUGCUCGUGUCCAUCUCCUCCGAAAUGAUCGAAAUGCUGCAUAUGGGGAAAUGACUAAACUGAUUGAGAAGGCUAAGAAUAAUGCAUCAGCCUAUGAGAAGAGGUCUGAGUAUUGUGACCGUGAACUCAGAAAGGCAGAUCUAGAUAUGGUCACACAGUUAGAUCCACUCCGAAUUUAUCCUUACAGAUACCGAGCUGCAGUUUUGAUGGACAGCCACAAGGAAAAGGAGGCCAUUGCAGAGCUGUCAAGGGCAAUUGCAGUCAAAGCCGACCUUCAUCUUCUACACCUGCGGGCGGCAUUCCAUGAGCACAUUGGAGAUGUCUUAGGUGCUCUGCGGGACUGUCGGGCUGCUCUGUCUGUUGACCCCAACCAUCAAGAAAUGCUGGAGCUUCACAGCCGUGUAAACAGCCAUGAACCCUGAAAAGGUGAAAUAAAGAAAAAUGUAUACUAAGCUUAGAUGUAAUUAGCAUGUCAUCCCCAUGUUAUCUAUUAGCUUCUCUCCCUACAUGUAAUCUAUGUUUUGAGGGUUUUCAUGUAAUUUAAUGGGGUUUUUUUUUUAAUAAUAUGUUGAGUGAUGAAAUUAUAAUCUCAGAGGAGAAAGUUCAUUUU